AAACUACAAGGGUGAUUAACAACGUCCCGCAUGCGCACUGGGCGAGCUGACGUAAGUCGGUACCUUACACUUGGCUGGUACACCUGUAGAGUUGGACCGGAUAUCGAGGCUGAAAACAGAACGCACUUCAAGGGGACAUGGAGCUAAAACAAAUCAUCAGCCAUCUCUGCUGUGCCAUCUUUAUUCUACUCGCACUUGAAAGUCGCGUGCACGCCAAUGAUGGGAACUUGACAAUGACUACGGACGGGAACGUCACCGACCGCGUGUCCCACCCGUACACACACACCACCGAUAUAUCACCAACAGGAGCGGGCAAUGGCCAGGGCGACAUGAUUGAUUGGGCGAGUACGCCUGUGAUAGUCGGUAUUGUCGGGGCGGCUAUCGGUGUGCUGGGGAUAAUCGUCGCCAUCGUGUGCGCAGUGCGGGCCGGGAAGGCACAGAGCAAGGUGCGCAGGCUGCAGAGUAAAGGGCCCGAGUACCGCGAGCUCAACCAGAUGCCUAGCGCCUGACCCUAGCUGUUGGCUGGAUGUUGCAUAUGGGCCCGGUCACAUUCGUCGUAUGGUCGUCAUACAAUCGCAAACUGAGGUCAUUCUUUACUAUCAUGAAGGUUCAUCUGUGUUGGUAGUUACAUGUAACAAGUUAAAAAAAAAAGAUAUAAAACGAAAAAAAGGUCUCUCGCCCGUGAGAGCUUACGACUAGUCACUCUGAUGUCAUUCGUUCUUGGGAUAGUCAUGUACAAAAUUCAUAAUCAGCUGUCUUGCUACCGAGAAGGCUGCCUGUCCAGUCUUCUUAAAUCAAUUGCGACGACCUACGAUGAAUGUGACCUCGCCGUAAGGGACUGGAAAGUACUUUUGUUCUGAUUCUGUAAAUUUGUUAAUUCUUUGGCCUCGGAUACAUAUAAUAUACCUGCGAUGCACAUAUUUCGUUUGAUACUGACACUGACAUUGCACCAGAACAAAGUAGAGUUAGUUCCAGACGAAUGUCAUCGUGUUGUGUUUUCAACCGUAACAUCACCGUAAUAAAGUAGUCAUUUGGAGACCUAAGAGGUCAUACAGACGCUAGUUGCAUAGGGCGCACUAUAUACAUUGUAUAUGCCAAUAUUGUUUUUAAGCUCAUUGGGUAGCACUAUAUAUAUAUAUACAGAUGGCUAAACUCAGAAAAGGCUGACGUUUAUUCUAUUAUUAGCGGUACACUUUCUGUGGAUGCCGGAAGUCUCUUCCGUCGAUCGACUCCAUCGAAAUUUGCAGAAAUGACGAAAGCCUCGGCAGCUAAACUAAAGUUUGCAUACGAGGUUGCACACAGGAUGUGAAUUUCAAGCUAAUUCAGAUUGCUAUUUGCUACUGCGCUGGAUUGGUCGAUCAAUUUGAAAAAAAAAUGUCUUCAAACUGUCAUUGGUAUCUUUGACAAAACACAAUGGUAUUGAUCAUCAGCUUAUUAUAUUACGUGUGUGCAAACUGUCAGAUCUAGACAUGCUUGUUUGUGAACAGAUAAAAGUUGUGACCAUGCAUGCUUGCAAUUGAUGAUGCAUUGUGAACGGUGGCCUGAAGCAAAAGAUAUCAAGAGGACAGUAGAGCAAUUAGCCACGAUCUUUGUGCACGAUGUGAAUCAUUCCGAAGAUGCUUUCUUCGUGUAUGACUAUACUGUGUUGCAUUCUCAUGAUCAAUAAAGGAUAUAUCAUCGAAAA